AUGCUUCCAUUGCUUUGCCAGGGCUGGGUGUUUACCGCAUACUCGAAGAUUCCCCGGCUUUAUACUCCUUAUACUACCCAAGGCUCAGAAAUCUCAGUAGACGAUGAGCUUCCCGCUCCAGUGCAACGAGAACAAAUAUUUAAUGGAAUAUUCCCCGCUCACUUUUCGGGUGAAGAAAUAUCUUUAAGAACCACUAGGAAAGAGUUUCAUGACAUCUUUAAGGCGUUCAAGGCCUCAGCAGACAAAAGAAGUCGAACUGCGAUUGUGCAAUUUAACGAAGCAUUCCACAGCACUAUUAUCAGACACAGUCUAGUCUCUGUACACGAAUGUUUAAUCAAUUCCAUUUCCAACCAGCUGCAGAAUCUCGCACUUCCAGCGGAGUUUUCGUUUUACGGCGAUACCAAUAUAUCCGACGAAAUUUCUAACUCAGACCUCCAGAUGGUCAGAGACUCUAAUGAUUCUGGUGUUGAUCCUGUCCUUGCUGUUGAGGUUGGGUUCUCCCAACCUAGUGCAGAUCUAGAGAUGAAGAUCAAAGACCUUAUUAAAAAGACCACAGUUAAAGUCGCUAUACUGGUAGACAUCAAAGAGACUCCUAAUUAUAAAAACCCGCUCCGAAUCAAAGCAAAUAAGGAGAUCUAUUAUUCUGAACAAAACUCCCACCCAGGGAAUCCCGGGCUGCUAAUUCGCCAGUACUGCGAGGGACGGGAGCCGUACAGCCCUGUGUUUUUAUAUGGUGUUCGAUGGACGGGCGAGUUUACCGCCGCUGUGCAGGUAUUCGGCAAGGGCACUUCCACGGACGAGCCAAUCCCAUGGACCCCCAAAAUGGCGAGUGCUCUACAAUAA